AUGUGUGCCACCGGUCGAUGCUUCUCCAACUGCCUUCAGCAAUACAAGAAAGCAUACACAAAAGCAACAGCUUUAGGAGACGGUAAUUUAAGUUCCAAAGUUCCAGAGCUUCUGUGCCCACUGUGUCGAGGACAGGUCAAAGGCUGGACGGUAGUGGAAGCGGCUCGCAAGUACUUAAACCGCAAGAAGCGAGCUUGCAUGCUUGAUAGCUGCUCGUUCUUCGGAUCCUACAGACAGCUGAAGAAGCACACUAAGGCGAACCACCCUUUGGGAUGCUGCCCCCGGGAUGUGGACCCCGUGCUCAAAGAGAAAUGGAAGGCGCUCGAGCGCGAGAGAGAGCGCAGCGACGGAGCAAUGGUGCUUGGGGACUAUGUGAUCGAGCCACCAGGUCGCCAUCAUGGAGGAGGAAUCUAUGAUUCCGACGACUAUGAGUCCGAUGAGUCUCUCGAUGAAGACGAUGAUGAUGAGCUGUUUCCUCUGGGGAAUCGUGGGGUGAUGCAUUAUGAUGAGGAGUACGAUCUGGACUACGGAUCGUUUGAUGAGGACGAUAGGCAUGGGGUCUUCCAUCGUGUGGGUUCGGCAGGUGCUGGUGGUAGUCGUGCAGUUCCAGCAGGGAGCAGCUUCCACAGAUGGCUGUUCGGAAGGGCGGCUCUUAGGCCGCGGUCCGGGUAUAGACGAGGUAAUGGACGUCGUUAG